UCUCCACAGCACGCGCUCGACUUUUAGUUCUCGUUUGAACAGCUUCGCGUUCGGUUCUCCACGCAGCCCCAGCGCAGAAAAAAGGUCUCCAUCCACAGCUCCAACCAAACCAAAACCUAUUGUCUAGCGCCUAGUGCCCCGCAAAACCCUAGGCUUAAGGCCAAUUACCGACAGCUGUAAACGUUUGCAUGCGACCUGGCUAAAACGUGUACAAAUCGGCGGGCGGGCGAAAGCGUUGCCAACGCGCGAGUGCUUUAAACGUAAUUCGUACAAAAUCUGGAAAAGCAAAAGGCUAACGACCUACCUCCGACAGCUCCGAACCAAAUUCCAAUCAAUAAAACGAACUAAACAAAAUCAAACCAGGCAAACACGAAUCACCAUGAUCAAAGCGAAAGAUUCGACGAGGCUGCUGCUCAUUAGUCUGCUAAUUGGACAACUGUACGUGAGCUGUGCAGGAUCGCCCAUCGACACGGAUGCCAAGGAUACAAAUUAUCAGGACGACGAAUAUGAGUACGGCGACGAUGGACUCGAUGAUGAAAUUAUCGAUGCGACGAAAGAGCAAGCUGAGGAACAAGCGCCGCCGUAUUUCGAGGUUAUGGACCUGAGGAUCGAGGCCAAGCCGGGCGAGGAUGUGGUCCUCAACUGCGACGCACGGAACUUCCAGCUUAGCAACGCGGUGGUGUGGUACAGAAACCAGAUAAUCAUAGCCAAUGGCCAGAAUGCCAUUGGACAGCGGGUGCAGUGCAUGAUGAACAACUCGAUACUCCUGAGGAACGUGACGCCGGAGGACUCGGACGACUACUAUUGCGAAAUCCUGCCCCAGAGGGUUCGACAGCACACGGCACUGCGGGUGGGCGCCCGGCUGUCGAUCCUCUGCGAUGAUCGCGAUAUCACGGAUCGAUCGCAGACGUUCAGGCAGGGCGACCACCACAAGCUCGAGUGUCGAACCUAUCUGCCCGGCAAUGCCACCAUCAAGUGGUCCUUUAAUGAUCUGAACGGACAGCCCGCCUCCGUGGACAAUCAGAACGGCGUGAUCAUCCUGGACAAUGUGGAUGAGAAGAACGCCGGCGACUACCAGUGCCUGGCCGACGAUGGCAGUCGCCAUCCUCCCCACGGCACCGUGCACAUCGAUGUCCAGUACAGCCCCAUCGUGUCCACCCAUCGGCACCACGUGAACACCGAGAAGGGCGCCACCGCCGAGCUGUACUGCAACUAUCGAGCGAAGCCCAUUGGCAGGAGCUACUUCAUCAAGGACGGCAAGACCCUGCAGCUCUCCGACAAGUACUCGCUCAAGGACUCGGUGCACAACGGCCACAAUCGCACCACCCUGCUCGUCAGGGAGGUGACCGAUGGCGAUCUGGGCGAGUACCUGUGCCAGGUGGAGAACGCCAUUGGCUCCAACGAGGUGAAGGUGCACGUCAGCUACAAUCCGGAGACCCCACAGUUCGAGGACAUGACCACCGCAGGCAACAAGGUCAUUCUGCACUGGCUGGUCAGGAGUCACCAGCCCCUUUCCGAGGCCAUGCUGGACUACCAGCUAACUGGGUCCUACACUUGGAGCACUGUGCUAGUGCUGGAGACACAUCGCCACAACAACACCGACAACAUCUGGAGGAUCACCCACCAACUGGAGCUGAGUCGUGGAGUGUGGCAUGCGCGUGUCAAGACGAAGAACACACAGGGAUGGUCCCACUUUUCGAACGACUACGUCUUCGAGGUCCCCGACGGCUUCGAGGUCGAGCCAGAAGAAGAGGUGGAACUGCCCCCGGAAGAGAUCGUGCGGGCUGGAAUCAUGCCCAUGAGCAAAGGAGCUGCGUCAUCGAUGCAGCGGCUGAAUGUGGCAGUGAUCCUGCUGGGAGCGCUCCUGCUGCGAGUCCGCCUCUAAGGGCUGCCCCCAUCCAGGCCGAGAUGUGUACAUACUUAUUUCCGGACUACUCAGCUAUCGAGGCAUUGAGUACGAUAGCGACAACGCACAUAAGAACCGAAACUAAAGUAUUCUAAUUAUACAAAAUGCUAAUGCGCGACCGCUGGCUUGGGUCAAUGUUAAUGUUAUGCUAUAGAACACGCUGGAGCGAUCACCACUCGCCACUGAAACAUUUGUGCCAAGCAAGGAAAUAGCUGGAGGAAGGGCGAGGACUACAGUUAAUUUAGACUAAAGUUUAGUUAAAGUUAAAGCUACAGAAGCGACUAGGGCGGAGCAACUGCGACGAUCGGUUUAACCGAGAAAGCAAACUUUUUGAUUAACCUUAGCUAUAAUAUUUAUUUGUUUUUCUGUCUGCAUGUGCAUGCUGGCACUUUUGAGGAGCAGCCCGAACCGAUGGAAAACUGGAAAGUUGGAAAAUUGGAAAAUUUGAAAAUUGGGAUAUGGCAGUACCAUACAAUCCGCCAAAAUCGGUUUAAGUUCUAGUGACUUUUGAGGACAUAUUUUUGUACACCCAACCGUACUUACAAACAUUAGGGUAACUGAAAGGUAACUGAGGGGAGCCAGGGGGCACCUAUCGAAUGGCACGCUAAUUAUUUAAUAAACUAGACCAAAGCUUAGACAUACAUAUGUGUACCUACCACACACCAUACAUAUGAAACUUAUUUUUACGAAACUACGCCACAUCAACACUCAAAGGAACAGAACGAUUCAAAAUAUACAAAUCAAAAGCAAGAACGCAUAUGUACCUAUGCCUAGGGAUACUGAUAAGUCGAAGGGAGCCAUAUACAUAUAGGUAAAAUAUACACUGCGUACUGUGUACUGUUGAUAAUCGGGUUUGGCUUUACCAUUGUCCUGGAUUCUGCUACCAUACCUGAGGAAUAUCGCCAUAACGCUGACCAUGUACACUGUGCGUAUGCGUAAUCAAGUUGUGAGUGCGCGAAUAUAUUUUAUAUGUGUUUUAUUUAAGAAUCAUAACAUUAGAGCUGAUCAAUAAACGUGCCAAUCGAGGCAAUCAAUCGAAACUGAUUGCUCGCUAAAUCAAAUCAAAACGCCACAAAGUAAAGUUCCAUAAGCAAAGUUUUGACGAGGACCUGAUUUCAAAUGCCGACCUUGAAGCAUAUACACAUAUACAGAAUCAUAUAUAUUAUAAUAUACUUAAAGCCAGUGUCUUACAUGAAUAUUGUAAUUUUCGUUGAGUCCGCGAUAAGUAAGCAAAUAAAGUAAAUUUUCUGAAGGCA